GUGGGCGUGUGGUGUUCUGUAACUUGGGUUCUCCAACAACCAAACUGGGAAGAAGCGUUCCGCUUUAGCUGCUGCCCAGAACCACGUGGGGCCGGGGUGCAUUUCCGGUGCGGGUGGCAGCAGACUGACGUGGAGCUAGAGCAGCUGGAGGAGACCAUGGCCACCUGUGAGCGCACAUUCAUUGCAAUCAAACCCGAUGGGGUCCAGCGUGGCCUAGUGGGAGACAUCAUUAAGCGCUUUGAGCAGAAGGGAUUCCGCCUGGUUGGUAUGAAAUUCAUACAGGCUUCUGAAGACCUUCUCAAGGAACACUACAUCGACCUAAAGGACCGUCCAUUCUUCACUGGCCUGGUGAAAUACAUGCACUCGGGACCAGUGGUUGCCAUGGUCUGGGAAGGGCUGAAUGUUGUAAAGACAGGCCGAGUUAUGCUUGGGGAGACCAACCCAGCAGACUCUAAGCCAGGGACCAUCCGCGGCGACUUUUGUAUCCAAGUUGGCAGGAACAUUAUUCAUGGCAGUGAUUCUGUGGAGAGUGCAGAGAAGGAGAUUGGCUUGUGGUUUCGUCCAGAGGAACUAGUAGAUUACAAGAGCUGUGCUCAGAACUGGAUCUAUGAGUGACAUGAAAUCAGACUACAGUGAUUUCUCCAUUCCAUUCCCUUUCCUUCCCAAGAGCCAUGGACCAGACUAUCGCAAAUAUAGUUAUUUCCGAGAACUUCCUUGUAAUCUGGAGUGAAAUUUUUGGAGCUAUUAAGUGUUCCCUAUACAGUAUUAAGUGCUACCAUCAAAUUAAAAUAUUUUAUCCCAGCUGGUAA